CAGAAGCGCGCGGGGACGGGCCAAUGGAUGCCGGGAGAGGGAGGAGAGGCGGGGUUAUUGACCCGGAAGUGAAGACAAACCGGAAGCGGGUCCUUAAGACCACGUGGGAGCGCGAUGGGGAUUGGGGGGAAAAUCAACCGGCCCCGGACGGAGCUCCGUAAGAAGCUGUUCAAGCGGCGGCGGGAGCUGGCGCGGGGGCGGCGGCAGAAGCGGCGGUCGGGCCCGGCGGUGUCGGUGCCGCCCCCGCUGUGGGGGAAGAGGCGGCGGAAGGAGCUGAAGCGGCUGCGGGGAGCGGCGAAACGGGCGCUGGAAGCGGCGGCGGCCGCGGGGAGAAAACCGGAGAUGGAAACGAGAAAGAGGAAAAGCGGCGACGUCGAGAUGGAAGAGGAGGAGCCCCUGGGGACAGCGAGGACACCCCCGGAGACACCCCUGGAGACACCCCCGGAGACACCCCUGCAGACACCCCCGGGGACAUCCCCGGGCACCAGGGGCACCUGA